UCGUGGUCCCAAACUCAAAGAAAACAAAAGCAUUCAAUUAAUUUUUUCAAAAAGCUGAUCAUUGAUCAGAUUUUCCAGUCAGUUACAAUUUCGUGUCAUUUUUCGCAUUGAUGAUUGAUCGUGCAAAUGUUUUACUGAUGCACAUUCUUCUCGAUUUCUUUCUGAUACUUUGAUGUAACAGGAAGAACAAACAUCGUUCAUUAAGCAAUGGAAGAAAAUUCUGGACAAUUGACCAAUCCAAAUUCAAGAAUUUGACAAAACACCCACAAAAAGGGAAAAUUGGCUGAUUGAUAUCUAAAAGAGUGAUAUUUUGAAACAUUUUUGAAAAACUGCCGCGAAAUCAAAAAAAGUUUUUACGAUAUUUACAGAAUAAGUGGAGAUUAUAACAACAGUAAUAAGAAGAUCAAGUUUGAGAUGGUUUGGACAUAAAAUGGGAAUCCGAUUUGAGAAUGAGGUGAAGAGAACUAUGGACCUAGAGGGUGGAAAGAAGAAGGCCAAGAGGAAGACCGGUAAGAAGAUGGGUGGACAACAUCAAGAAGGACAUGGAAGUACUAGGAAUAAGAGAAGUGGAUGAACUGGACAGAGAACGUUGGAAGAAAAUGAUCUAGCCCCCGACCUGGCAACAUGCUGGACAUGGGAAACGAAUACAUGAUGAUAUGAUAAUGAUAUGAUGAUGAUGUCAUGGUUACAGGAAGGCAACAGCAACAACAAGUGGUUUUCAGGCUGAUAGAUAUGGCGGCAAAAUUGGGAAGCUUCUGGUUGAUCUUUACUCAGACCACAGCAAGCCAAUUGAAUAAACUGAGAAAAUGCUUUUUGGUAAUCUAAAAGCUCAAGACUAACAAUUCUAGAAAAAUGGAGUUGGCCUUGUGAAAGGAUAUGGCCAGAAUCAGAAUCAACCAAGAGUCAGAUCAGGGUGGGGCAAAUAUUUUCAUCAAGUUGCUAUCAGCACCAAAGUGAUUUGAAAUGGAGGUCAAGUGUGGACCAUUACUCUUUUUCUCAAAUUUUGACUCUGGCAAUUUGGCAAGAGUUGAAUUGAUAGAGGAGGAGCAACAAUCAACACUACAAGGUGAAGAUGCGCUGAAAAGAUCAUUUUAUGAUCUCGAAUAUAAUGUGUGGACAAAGCCGGAUUGCAUGAAUACUACCUUUGAAAAUGGGAAUCGCACAUGGUUUCAUUUUGGUGUUAGGUCGCUGCCAAGUGGAAAAACAGUCAAGAUUAAUGUAAUGAACAUGAACAAGCAAUGCAGAUUGUACAGCCAAGGCAUGGCCCCAGUUGUCCGUGUAUGCAGCAGUGUGAAAGAAGGUCCUUGGGAACGACUGAAGGGCAGAGUCACUUAUCAGAUGGUGGACGGCAACUUUGUCAUGACGUUUACAUACAGAUUUCCAGAGACAAGGGCUGCCAGUGUCUUCUUUGCAUUUUGCUAUCCAUUUUCAUACAAGGAGUGCCAAACAGCUUUAAGUGAAUUACAGGACCAGCACAUGACGAGAAGUUAUGUUGAGCCGCUGGAGAGGAUGAUCUACUUCCACAAGGAAUUGCUGUGCUGGUCACUGGAGAAAAGAAGAAUAGAUUUGUUAACGAUAAGCUCGUGCAAAGGAGUAACUAAGGAAAGAGAAGAUAUGAUAAAUGGUCUAUUUCCUGAGGCAUCCACUGAGCGUGCACACAAGUUUAAUGGGAAAAAGGUUUUCUUUGUUUCUUCACGAGUUCAUCCAGGUGAAACUCCUGCAUCGUUUGUUUUCAAUGGCUUUCUCGAGUUCAUUCUCAGAAAAGAUGAUAUUCGUGCCAUGGCCCUUAGGCAGCUAUUUGUUUUCAAAUUAGUGCCCAUGUUGAACCCGGACGGAGUAUACAACGGUUUUUAUCGAACUGAUACGAGAGGCAUGAACCUCAACCGGGUAUAUUCCGAUCCAGAUCCAAAUCUCCAUCCCUCCAUAUUCGCUGUGAAAAAGCUAAUCCUAUAUCACCACCAGAAGAAUGACACGGUACAGGCUGAGCCAACCGGAGCUGAUUCUGGGACUAACAAUUUUGUGGAAGGUGUAAACGCGUGUUUCAAUACGCCUGGUCUACCUAAUCAAGACAAUGAGGCACCACCGUACAUCUCGAAUGAUGAUUUUCGUUUAUCUGGCAGCGAUAAUUGCGAUAUUGAUGGCGAGGUCAGAAAGGUGCAGUUUGAUCUGAGACCAUGUAGUGUAGGUGAAGCUAAUGGGCAACCCUUUAACGAUAUUGCAGCUGCAAUUGAUGACUGCCAAGGGGAAAGUGAAACGAAUAACCAAAGAGAAGCAAAAUACAUUGAUAACUUUGUCCCAGAUAAUUCCUUUGCAUCGUUAUUUGAGCAAAAACUAGCUUUGGACAAUGAUGAAAGUUUUGAGAAAAGUACAUAUGUAACUUCUGCCAUCAAUACAGCAGAGACAAAGGGUUGCAUUGAUGAUUGGCAAAGCUUCGUAAGACCUCUAGGUGCCGUUGAUAAAACUGCCAGUCAGUGUCGUCCUGCAAGUGUCAAUGAUGGUACGGUACCUUUUGUUGUUGCCAAUACUUGCUUUUCACUUGGCAGAAGGGCAAGCGAUGGUCAUGCCAUGGUACCCAGUGACAUAGGCGAACGCAUAGACUGUCCCAAAGCCGCAUCAAUACCAGAAAACGCUGGAAACGUAAAUUUAGUGGAUGAGGGUUUAGGUUCUCUUUUGAAGACAACAGAAUUGGACCGUGAUGGUGCAACAUGCCAAAAUUCCUUGUUCGAGGGAGCCUUCACCCAAAGCAAUGAUGAAUGUCUAAUAAAAGGGAAAGCAACGCAACCCGGUUUUGGCAUUAUUAGCAGCGGUUCAGCAGUGCGCAAUAGAGAUAUUGGGAAACAGGAAUGCAGAAUUCCCUGGGCAUCGAAUUUAGAGUAUGGUGAUAAGCCAGUAUAUGGCGAUAAGACAAUGAAUUUCCCACGAAAUACUUCUGGGUCUCGCACCGCAAUUAAAAACAAUACAGAAGAAAGUAGCUCAAACAUUGCGUAUUACAUCGAUCUGCACGGACACGCGUCAAAAAGAGGCUGUUUUAUAUACGCCAACUAUUUUGAUAAAAUUGAAGAUCAAGUUGAGGCAUUGCUUUUACCAAAGCUGAUGUCACUGAACUCGGCAAAUUUUGACUUUGAGGCCUGCAAUUUCAGUUUAAAGAAUAUGCUGCAUAGAGAUAAAAGAGACGGGAUGUCGAAGGAAGGAAGUGGUAGAGUGGCGGUGUACAAGGAAAUUGGACUCAUCCAAAGUUAUACACUGGAGUGCAAUUACAACACUGGUCGCUACACGAAUUUUCUGCCACCCCCUUGCAAUGAUGAUGGCACAUUGACCCCACCACCCCAUUUUAGCUUUCCCCCGAAGUACACCCCUGAUAUAUAUGCUCAGGUUGGAAGAGCAAUAGCCAUCUCAGCGUUAGACAUGGCGGAGCAGAAUCCUUUCUCUAGAGUUUCUUCAUCUGAGUUCCAUACUUUGAAAGGUAUAAAGAAGUGGCUAGGCGUCUAUGUACGGAGCACUCGAGGCCCUGCCCAGCAGACAAAGAAAACUGGCAACUCAAAAAGCCAAGAAGACACGCUUCCGAAUGCAAAAACUCAGAGACCGUGCAAGACGCUGCCUAAGCCGAAAAUCGCUGCAGUGGUCAGGAAAACACCGAAGCUAACAGAACGAAAGCCAAAGGAAAUUGAUUCAAUUGGUCGUAAACCAAAGUUUUUGACGUCACAUUCUGAUGCAAAUUUAUUAGAUGUUUCAAGAAAAGGAGGAAAGCCGAUGUCGCUUGAAGUGGAGUCAAAACAGAAAAGCGAGAGUCUUCCUAUUUUGACGCAGCAGGAGAGAAUUCCCGACAUGGUUUCAAGUAGAAAACAAUGUAAAGCCGAGUUGAAUGGUUUAAACGAGAUCGCACCAUCAAGACUGAAGGUUAAGAUGCCUACGUGCAGCGGAAAACGAAUAAUCAAAAAGAUGGUGAGCAAGAGCGGCUAUAACGUAGGCAGUGAAAAAACAAAGAAAACUUCGCUGAGAAACGGAAAGUGCAAGCUUUGAUUUUUACUAGCUGUUUACGCAUUAAAUUGUGGUACUACCUCGGGUAUCUCGCACCAUUGCACUCUAGUUAAACCUUUAGGAUUGAAAUUUUUGACGGUUAUCUAGUACGUGUGGCAUUUUUCGUUCUUGCAGCAGCGAGUUUUGUCUAAGAAUUCUUUACAAUUAUUCCAAGCCUCUUUUACCAUCCUUCGUCGACUAUGCCAAAGCUGUGACAUAGCACAAUAAGUAAUUAAGGCCACAAAAUAGAUACUUUAGCAAUGUCAUACAAAUAUCUCUUUGUUGCUUUGGAAUAGAGCCGACCAUUUCUCUCGACUCAAAACAUGUUCGUAAAUCUCUACUUUUGAAAACCUUCCUUUACAGAGGCAAUUGGCUGAAAUUAAACUUCUGCGCAGAACGCACAGAUGAUAAAGAGAAGCUAAAACUUUAGCUGUCUUUUUAGCUUAAAGGCUUUUCAAUUUUUAUUCAUUUAUUUGAGAACGGUGCAUUUGAACUUAAUAGGGAUUUUCGAAGUAUUUUCAUUUCAACCCAGGUCAACUCAAAGACGUGCCAUACUUUAAAUCCUUUGAGCAGACUGCUUCCUUUUGAAGAGACGUCGUUGUUGCAAGAAAAUAUCAUCAAAAAAACAUUGAUGAAAAUUGCAAGGGCUUGCUUCAUUUUAACAACGGUUUUAAGUAUAAGGGUGUCUUUAUACCAAUACCCCCAUUUUACUCUGCCCCUACGGCCUAUGUCUGUACACAAUACGUAUUCUUGUAGUCCUUUCGUUAAAGAAUGCGACUUGCUGUGAUAUAUCAUUUAAAAAGUGUGAUUUUAUGAUUUUAAUUUGCUGUUAAUAAAUGUGAAAAUUAAAAGAAGUUUCAUUUUAGAUAUCAACUCGCAAUGACCUC